UGUCCACGAAAAGGCGGUCACUGGCAAACCGUCGGAUUCCAAGCAGUAGUAAUUGGUGAAUGGUUUUCAGGGUCCGAUCCUGCUACAGAUUUCCGUGGUACUGGGAUCCUCGGCUUGCUACAGCUGUAUUGUAUGGCAAAGGAGUUGCCCGAGGGUAAACUUGCAGAAAUCGUCCAUCUUUCUCGACAGGAGCCCAACGAUUUUCCAUUGGCAGUCGUGGGAAUAAAUAUCACAGCGAUACUCAUUGCUAGGCUAAAACAAGGGGAGCUGCUUGAAUCAGCAAUAACCGCUGGUGGAUACCUAAAAGCUAUGAAUAAGCUUUAUCAAUCGUCCAUACUCGUAUUUUGUAAACAUUGGCGAGAAGAAAACUGUACAGUAAAAGAUUGUCAACAAAUCUUAAAUCGAGUCACUUUACUACUUCGAAAUUCCCCGCAGACAUUAUUAAAUUCUCCUUGA